AGGAGCUUUCUGGAAGCACGGAGUGUAAAGUCAUCUGAGUCAUUUUCGUAUAUAAAAUCUCCAUAAGAAAAGCUAUCGUCGCAGCCAAAAUCCGUCACCUUUUCCCGUUUCUGUUGCUCUUCGUGGAAGAAAUCAAUUUCCUGACAAAGCGAUGCGGAUCGAAGAAAAAGAGACAGAAAAGCAUAGCGAUUUGAAUUCCCCGAAACCCUCGUCUUCCAACAACAGAAAUGCCUCCGAUGGCUUCGAAACUGCCAGUGACGGAGAACUCGGAUCCAACGGUAGCGACAACGACGACGAAACCCAACAACAAGAGGAACAGCAAAGUCUCUCUCAGGCUGACGACGUCGUAUUGAAACAGAAGGCGUUUGAACAAGCAAAUGAUGUGAAAAUGGGAGGCAAUAGACUGUUUGGCAGUGGGCAAUAUGAAGAGGCAUUAUCACAGUAUGAGCUUGCUUUACACCUUGCGCCUGACAUGCCAUCAUCUGUGGAAUUACGCUCAAUAUGUCACGCAAACAGUGCAAUAUGUUGUUCGAAAAUGGGAAAAUAUGAGGAUGCAAUCAAGGAAUGCACAAAAGCGCUAGAACUAAAUCCUUCAUAUAUGAAAGCUCUGCUUAGAAGAGCAGAAGCACAUGAAAAACUAGAGCAUUUCGAAGAGGCUAUUGCUGAUAUGAAAAAAAUCUUGGAACUCGAUCCCUCAAAUGACCAAGCCAAGAAGACCAUUCGUCGCCUGGGGCCGCUGGCUGAAGAAAAGAGAGAAAAGAUGAAAGAGGAGAUGAUUGGGAAGCUGAAAGAUAUGGGUAACUCUUUGUUGGGCCGUUUUGGAAUGAGCGUGGACAACUUCAAAUCUGUUAAAGAUCCAAACACUGGCUCUUAUUCUAUUUCAUUCCAACGUUAGUGUGGUUGUGGUCAUAUUCUACAACAAUGUGGGAAGAAUCAGGGUGGUGAUCUGAAGGAGUAUGGGCUUUGUCAUGUAUGCAGGAUUGGUAAUUACAAGUAAAUGCAGAGUUGAUAAAAUCAUUUGUGGAUAGUAUGUAUUGAUAUGAUGAAUUUUAAGAUAUUAGGGUUUCUACAUAUGAAUGGAAUUAUUACUUGAUGAAUGUUCAUUUCAUUUGAGCUCUCUUGUGUUUGUUUUGUGGGGUCUUCUGCAAAAUUGUUAGGCCUAGUUUGGUAACACAUUGCUUUUAAAAUAAACAGAUUCUAUCCGAAAA